AAGCACAUGGGUAUCUGAUCACUUUACUAUUCUCAGGAUCUCAAGGCCAAUGAAGCAAACGCAAAGUCAUAGGAGGGAUCAUACAUUUGUUUGUUAUUCCCGCGAGACAAUAUUUUGUAAGGUAAUCAUUGUGAUGUCGUGAUUGGCCAAUGAAUACACUGGCAAUGGGUUAUGCAUAAUUAUCCAAUUGAGAUUCAUAACUCUGUCACCAAUGACGACAUGCCCAUCGGGCAUAGUUCAUUCAUAUUUUAGGUUGUAGGGACAGGCGAAGCCCAAACAUUCGGCUUAACCACUUGUCAAAAGUAGAGUUUCCGAGUAGUCGGUAAGCACUUGAACAUUGUGUUUCUUUUAUCACCAACAAUUACUUUAUAGUGAAGUUCAAUUGUUAUAGCAAAGCAACUAUUUCUAUCUCAUAACUACAAAUGUAUAUGAUGCUUUGCAAAAGUUAAUAUUAAAACAAGUGUUAUAAUUCCAAGUUAGAGUUGCUUAAAAAUUAAGAUACACUUAAGUGUAUCUCCAUACCUCCUAUGUAAAGUGUAUGUACACUGUUUAGAAAAAUUUUUUCAAACAGAUUGAGCAUCUUUGUAAUCGUAGAACAAAUGAAGAGAUAUCAAUUUUUGUGCCUAUUCUUUUUUAUCACAUUGUUAGUAAGCACAGACGCAGCAAAAGGUGGUGGAGGUAGAGGAGGUGGCAGACGCAGUGGCGGAAGAGUUUACAAGUCUCGAAUGCCUAUUCUGAUUCCUCACAGAAAUCCUGCCAGUGCUAAUUACUACGAAAAUAAAGAUGGGGCGAGAAUAGUGAAAGCUUCACACUUUGAACUGGAUUACAUGUUAGGGAGGAAGAUCACAUUUUUCUGCAUGGCCACUGGAUUUCCAAGACCUGAGAUCACCUGGUUGAAAGAUGGAAUUGAAUUGUAUCAUCAUAAAUUUUUCCAGGUGCAUGAAUGGCCUGUUGGUAAUGACACAUUAAAAUCAAAGAUGGAAAUUGAUCCUGCUACGCAAAAAGAUGCAGGGUAUUACGAAUGUCAAGCGGAUAAUCAGUAUGCGGUUGAUCGUCGUGGCUUUAGAACGGAUUAUGUUAUGAUUUCUUAUUAAAAAAAAAAAAGUACUUUUUUUAUAAUUGCAACACUUAUGUCAAACAAUAUAAUUUAUUAACUUAAUAGCACAAGAUUUAAUUAUAGAUACUAAAUUUGUUUUUAAAAAAUUUUUUUAAAUAUUUUCUUUCUCUCACUCAUAUAGUAUUUUUGUAGUAUUAGAUUAAAAAUUUUUAUAAUAUCAAAAACAAGUUUUAUUUAAAAAAAAAAAUAAUAAAAGAAAAGAUACGAUAUA